AUGCAACUCUUCGCCUGCGGUGAGAACAGCGACGGCUCUCUCGGGGAGCCACGAGCUUGUCGGAGACGGAACGUUGCCUUUCAUCAUCGCGGGCAUCCCGACCUGGACCUGGAGUACACCCCGCAUUGUCCUCUGUGGGUUCUGCGACCGAAGAAAGUCCUCGAAGGAAAAGAGAUUCGCCCCAUCAACUGCGAUACCGGUUCCGCCUUUUUCGACGUGGACGGAGACCUCAGACACUUUGGGUGGGGGUCUCUAUCCAAAUCUCAGCGAGCGGGGUCCGGCUCCCACAGGAUUGAUGACAAAGGCAUCAAACACAUUGCUGCAAGACGAGUCGGCGACUGGAACCCGGAUUUGGUCUCCGGAGCGGUAGCGAUGGUCUUUGCAGAUGAUCGGAAAACAGUUCUCUCGUGGGGUUCAUGGCAGCACAUGUGCUCCUUUCUGGAGAAUCCCAUCGGCAGCCCCCCUCCAACUCACGCCGCUACCUUUGCCUCUCCCGUGAUCCAGUUGACAUCGGAAUUUGCCGCGCUCACGGAGGCAGGCGAAGUCUUCCAAUGGGGAGACGAGCUUCUGGAACAACCACCCGCUGUCCCCGACGAUGAAGAAGGAUUUGGGCAAGCUGAAUUUGCGGCCCGUAUUUUGAACGGGCCUAUUACCUCGUGGCCUGCUAGACCCCCAAGACGGCUCAACUACAAGCCGCACAAACUGCCCCUUCUGCCCAUCAAAGAGCCAUCUACGGGUCGCGCUUAUGCUACUGCGAUCACACACACUGGCGACCUUUAUGUGAUGGGUUCGAAACGCGGGCAUUGGCCGGACAUCGAAGAUGCCAAUCCCAGGAAGGCUCUCGAGUUUCAACCCGCGACCAUUCCUCCUGACAAGCUUGCAAAGACACAUAGUCUGCGAAUGAAGCAUGCAGCUGCGGGUGGCCGGCAUGUCGUAGCUGUCGCCACUGACGGAUCUUUGUGGUCGGCUGGCGAUGGGCUUUCUGGCCAGUUGGGCAUUGGGGUCAGACAGUUCGGGUUAUGUACCGCGGAUGACGUGGUUGACAUGGAGGCCAAUGAGACCGAGGAGAAAUUUGCUGUCAAGUGGGAGAGAAUGGAGGUAGAAGCCCUCCGGGAUCGAGAAUGCGUGGCGGUGUUUGCGAAUGAGCAGCAAACCUUCAUCUUCACUCGGGAUCCGAACUAG